CCGGGGCCCUUUGUCUGGUGACGCUGCCAGUGUCGGGAGUGCAAGAAGCCCAAUGAGCCCUCAAGGCAGCGACGGGACCCCCGGAGAUCUACUGAGAACGUCCUCGGUUGUUCGAAACCCCCCCGCCAGCCUGGCCCCGCGGGCGGCAGACGCAGCAAUGUUUCCCCGGAGGCCACCACACAGUAGGCGCGCCGAGAUGUCGGAACCUGCGCGGGCGCCAGCGACUCUGGCACCAGUAGGCCUUCUGAUUCGGCUCAAGACGCGGGGGAGGGAUUCUCUGGACGCAGAGCGAGGUGAACAAGAAUAGGGCGAAACUCCGGCCGCUGUAUAGUUCAAUGUCUAGUCCGUUUCGGCCCGGUCCGCCCCAGGAGCAGCAACGACCGGCCUGACGUCGCGUCCUCUUCCGCUUGUUCUAGCCGCAGAGUUGGAGCCAUUUUAAGGCGAAACCACUCAGCCACGCCCCCUCGCCCUCCAGAGAAGCCAAUCCAAGCGCAACGACGCCUGGUGUGAAACGCCGCGGCGUUGCCAACGGUCGCGCGGAUGAACGGUUGGGAGGGGCUGAACUCGGAGGGCGAGAGGGGAAAACCUGAGCUGCCCGCACCGCCCUCGGAAUCCGACUCCGCGAAGCCGGGAUUAGAAAUUUGGAGGCUGGCACCACGCCCUGGCCAGGUGUGCGGGACUCGAACAGGUGCUAGGCCGCCCCUCCCCGGGUCCCAAGAGCCCGGCUUAAUGGCUAAGAGCCGGGGGCCCAGCCGCGGCUGGGGCUCAGACUGUGCUGAGGCCUGUCACGCCACCAGGUGUCCGGCUCCCCCCGAACGGCCUGCGGGGGCCUGGGGCGGGGCGGACGGCAGCUGCAGACACUGGAGCCGCACCGGGAGACCCGCCCUGCUGGGACCUAAGCCCCUGGUCGGCUCCCUCCCGUUUCCCGCCCGGGGUCGGCAGAGCUGCGCGGUGCCCUCCGCGACGCUGGGGGCGCUGUCGCUGCUCCGGGCUGGGUGACGCCACGACUCCGCUGACCCUGCGCCGGUCUCCCUGUGCGCUGAUCCGCCAUGGCAGCGGUGUUCGUGCUUCGGAGCUGGUAUCGAGCGCGACACAUCCUUCGCUGGCCGCUCGCGCAGCUGUCCUGGGCCCCAGGGCGUGGGCAUCGGCUCACGCCGACGGAUGAUGAGUUGUAUCAGCGGACGCGAAUAUCUCUGCUGCAGCGCGAGUCCCCGCAGGCGAUGUACAUCGACAGCUACAGCAGCCGCGGCUUUGUGGUCAAUGGAAAUCGCGUGCUUGGGCCCUGCGCGCUGCUUCCGCACUCGGUGGUGCAGUGGAACGUAGGUUCCCACCGGGACAUCACCGAAGGAAGCUUCUCUCUCUUUUGGAUGCUGGAGCCCCGAAUAGAGAUUGUUGUGGUGGGCACUGGAGACCGGACUGAGCGGCUGCAGCCCCAGGUGCUGCGAGCCAUGAGGCAGCGGGGCAUCGCUGUGGAAGUGCAGGACACAGUAUGUCUGGUACUCGGGAAUGCUGAGGCGAGCCCAGGCCUGGCCUUGGCCCUAGCCCAGCUGAUGCUGGCUUUCUCUUUGCAGCCCAAUGCCUGUGCCACUUUCAACUUCCUGUGUCAUGAAGGCCGGGUGACAGGAGCUGCUCUCAUUCCCCCACCUGGAGGGGCUGCUCUCACAUCUUUGGCCCAAGUCUCAAAAAAAUGAACCACCAGGAACCUUGCCACCCUUUGCAGAGUGCAGGGGUUUCCAGUUUUUACUAGCUCCUCCCCUUUGGCACUGUAACAACUUGUCUUUCUAGCCAGCAAAUUAAUAAUUUAAUCCACUUCUCACAA